AGUGAUGCACAGCCUAGAUAUACAUUUUCUCAUCAAGGUGGAUAUUAAAAUAACCAAUACAAUCAUUACAUGUGCAUAAUCGGAUUUAUCCCGAAGACGUUGCACGCGUUUGAAUAUUCCGGAUUAUAAAAGAGAAAACCCAAAUCGGUAUUGUCAAGUUCAGAGAUGCAAUGGACAGAUUGCUUGGUUUGUCCCUGAUAUCUGGCUCCGUGACGUUUGGAAUUUACUACACAGUAUGGGUUAUCAUUCUGCCGUUUGUAGAAAAGGACAGCUUCCUACAGAAUUUUUUCCCGCCAAAAGUAUUUGCAGUGGCCAUCCCUCUCUUGGUUGGAGUUAUCGGUCUGAUCGUGAUAGGUUUAUUCGCCAGUGUAACGAUGUUACAGAAAUCACGUGCAAGAAAAUUCAAAUCUUCAUGACCAAGUUUCAUUUGCCCACCUCGCCAACGUGACAAAAUCUGAUUAGCUCAGCAUGGUUGACUAACUGAUGGAAAACGAGGAUGUUUCC